CUCGCCUCCCUGCAGCCCUCAGGUUCCCCACCCCGCGGCGCCUCCGGACAGCUCCUCCUCCUUUCCGCCCCGCCAGCCGCGGGCGCGGGGGACGUCAGCGCUGCCAGCGUGGAAAACGCGGCGGGGCGCGGGAGGCGGAAGUAGCGCCUGGGACCGCCGGGCCACCACUGGCCGCCUCAGCCAUGGACGCGUCCCUGGAGAAGAUAGCUGAUCCUACCUUAGCUGAGAUGGGAAAGAAUCUGAAGGAGGCCAUGAAGAUGCUGGAGGACGGUCAGAGAAGAACAGAAGAAGAAAAUGGAAAGAAGCUCGUAUCAGGGGACAUUCCAGGGCCACUCCAGGGCAGUGGACAGGACAUGGUGAGCAUCCUCCAGCUGGUGCAGAACCUGAUGCAUGGAGAUGAAGAUGAGGAGUCCCCGAGCACCCGGAUUCAGAAUAUUGGAGAACAAGGUCACAUGGCUUUGUUGGGACAUAGUCUGGGAGCUUAUAUUUCAACUCUGGACAAAGAGAAGCUGAGGAAACUGACAACUAGGAUACUUUCAGACACUACCUUAUGGCUAUGCAGAAUUUUCAGGUAUGAAAAUGGCUGUGCUUAUUUCCACGAAGAGGAAAGAGAAGGACUCACAAAGAUCUGUAGACUUGCCAUUCAUUCUCGAUAUGAAGACUUUGUAGUGGAUGGAUUCAAUGUGUUGUAUAACAAAAAACCUGUUAUAUAUCUUAGUGCUGCUGCUAGACCUGGUUUGGGCCAAUACCUUUGUAAUCAGCUCGGCCUACCCUUCCCCUGCCUGUGCCGUGUGCCCUGUAACACAGUGUUUGGAUCUCAGCAUCAGAUGGAUGUUGCCUUCCUGGAGAAACUGAUUAAAGAUGAUACAGAACGAGGGAAACUGCCCCUGUUGCUUGUUGCAAAUGCUGGAACUUCAGCAGUUGGACACACGGACAAGAUCGGACGCUUGAAAGAGCUCUGUGAGCAGUACGGCAUGUGGCUCCAUGUGGAGGGUGUGAAUCUGGCAACGUUGGCUCUAGGUUAUGUUUCUUCAUCAGUGCUGGCUGCAACCAAAUGUGACAGCAUGACGAUGACUCCUGGCCCGUGGCUGGGUCUGCCAGCUGUUCCUGCAGUGACACUCUAUAAACAUGAUGACCCUGCCUUGACUUUAGUUGCUGGUCUUACAUCAAACAAGCCAGCAGACAAACUCCGUGCCCUACCACUUUGGUUAUCUUUACAAUACUUGGGACUGGAUGGGAUUGUGGAGAGGAUAAAGCAUGCCUGUCAACUGAGUCAGCGGUUGCAGGAAAGUUUGAAGAAAGUGAACCACAUCAAGAUCUUGGUGGAAGAGGAACUGAGUUCUCCUGUGGUGGUGUUUAGGUUUUCCCAGGAGUUGCCAGGCUCAGAUGCGGUGGUUAAAGCUGUCCCAGCAGCCAACAUGGUACCUUCACCGUCGGGCAGGGAGCGACAUGCAUGUGAUGCACUGAACCGCUGGCUGGGAGAACAGUUGAAACAGCUGGUGCCUGCGAGUGGCCUUACUGUCAUGGAUCUAGAGGUCGAGGGCACGUGUGUGCGGUUCAGCCCUUUGAUGACAGCAGCAGCCCUAGGAACACGGGGAGAGGACGUGGAUCAGCUGGUAGCUGGUAUACAAAGCAAACUGCCAGUGCUGAGCUGCACACUCCAGCUGCGAGGAGAGUUCAAGCAGGAAGUAGAAGGAACCGCAGGUCUCUUAUACGUCGAUGACCCCAACUGGCCUGGAAUAGGGGUUGUCAGGUAUGAACAUGCUAAUGAUGAUAAGAGCAGUUUGAAGUCAGAUCCUGAGGGGAAAGAAAUCCAUACUGGACUCCUGAAAAAGUUAAAUGAACUGGAAUCUGACCUUACAUUUAAAAUAGGCCCCGAGUAUAAAAGCAUGAAGAGCUGUCUUUACGUGGGCAUGGCGAGCGACGACAUAGACAUUGCUGAGCUGGUGGAGACCAUUGCAGCCACAGCCCGGGAAAUAGAAGAGAAUUCAAGGCUUCUGGAAAACAUGACGGAAGUGGUUCGGAAAGGAAUUCAGGAAGCUCAGGUUGAGCUGCAGAAGGCAAAUGAGGAGCGACUUCUGGAAGAGGGAGUGUUGCGGCAGAUUCCCGUGGUGGGCUCUGUGCUGAACUGGUUUUCUCCAGUACAAGCUUUGCAGAAGGGAAGAACAUUCAAUUUAACAGCAGGCUCCCUGGAGUCCACGGAACCCAUAUAUGUCUACAAGGCACAGAGUACAGGAGUAACGCCACCCCCGACCCCCUCGGGCACUCGCACCAAACAGAGAUUUACAGGCCAGAAGCCUUUUAAAAGGUCCCUGCGAGGUUCAGAUGCUUUGAGUGAGACCAGCUCAGUCAGUCACAUUGAAGAUUUAGAAAAGGUGGAGCGCCUGUCCAGUGAGCCAGAGCCAAACACUCCAGAGGCCAGCACCCCCAAGGGACACCCAGGGACUCCCAGCCCCCAGAAAGCCAACCAGACUGAGAACCUCCAGAAGGGGGCCCAGUGCCCAGAUGACCAACCGCAGGUAGAAGAACCAGAGAACUUAAGAUAAAAUUCAGUGUCUGGUUUGAGACUGUACUAAAUGUUGUUUCAGGGAAGAUGAAGUUAUAUUGAAAAUGUGAACUGUGCCACAUACUAAUACAAUAUAAAUUACUGUUACUUGUGCUUAACUGGGAUUUCUGCACAAGUAUGUGCCUGAGAGCCAGGUUUUCUAGGAGGACCUAUCUGACUUGAUGUGUAUGUGGAGCAACCAAUAACUCUUGUUUCUGUCCUACCCAACUGUAGGAAUAACCGUUUUUUCUAACUUACUGUAAACACUUUUUAUUCAAAAAAACACUUGAGAAUUUUAAGUGUCUGCCACUUGAAACACCUGCUCUUAUCUUUCAGAACUUAAGUGUGAUAAGUCAUUAGGUUGUACAUAAGAACUUUUUGGGAAAACAGCUUUUGUUAGAACUCUGUGUGUUCUCCGUGGCCCUUCCCCAGAGGCAAGACAGCGUUCCUUGCAUCUGCUAGUUCGUCUUGAACAUGAUCAAGCUGCAGUAUGCAUGGCUUGGCCUGAAGGAGUCCUUGGGCUUGUAAGGAGCAGCGUCAGGAGCCCUCUCCUGCCUUCCCCAGCAGCUGCCCUUCCUGGAGACUUAAGUAAGGACUGUGUCCCCUCAGGCUGUGGCAAGGCUUCUGUCUGGACUGUCCGCUGCCACAAGUCCCUUUCUCCCUUUAUAUACUCUUUAUAAACAGAUUUAAGGACUCAUCUAGUAACUGCAAAGUCUCUUCCUGACCACACAUAUAUUUUUAAAUACUGGUAAAGCUUUUAAAUUGGCACACAAGUACACUCUGCUCACUUCUGCAGUCAAUGCCUCACAGAGCUACCUGUAAGAGCCUCCUGCCAGCAGGCUGUAGAACACUGAGCCUGCACGUCCAGAGCACCUGUCU